UCGAGUUUAAAGUAAGGAACUUCAAGUAUGUUAGGACCCUUGAAUUCAGGGAGGCGGGGCUAAUGAAACUGUAGUAGUGUACGCCCUUUACCUCAACACAACUGUUGACAACGCCACCUUGCUGGACGUGGCGGAAGAAGUCCUAAGGAUGGAGAGAGAUGGUCGUAUAAUCAUUGGCGGCAAGAUGUACAACAUUACUCACUACACUGGAAUCUUUCGGACCUUCAAUGCAACUUUCUCAGGAACUGACGAUGUCGACUGGUGCAGUCAACCUUUGCUGAACUCCUGUACCUCAAACAACAGCAGCACCCAGUCAACCAACAGGGUCUGUGUCGAUGGUGGACUGCGAUACAGGUGUCAGUGCCAACGUGGAUUUGAAGACAUCGAUGGACGGUGUACAGUGCCCUCUGUGUGCCCCAACAACACCUUCGGGACCAACUGCAGUCAGUGUCAGUGCAACGUCACCAACACUGUGUCAUGUGACAAUGUCACCGGCAACUGUACCUGUGAUCAAGGAUGGACAGGUGCCACGUGUGACACAGACGUCGAUGAGUGUGUCACGGACGCACUCAGCUGCAGUGACCCGCAUGACACCUGCUCCAACAUGGCGGGUGGAUUUACCUGUGUGUGUGAUGACGGCUAUGAACGGGAUUCCGACAACACCUGCAGGGAACUGAAGAAAAUUCCUGUGCGGAUGACACUGCCAGCAAGUGUCAACUUCUCUGCUGAAGAGCUGGACAACAGGUCAUCACCUGCAUUCCAGGCUGUCAGUGACGUGCUCGUGCCACAGUUGUGGCUGUCAUUGGGCCCCGCAGCAGAGCAGGUUCAAUCCAUCACCAUCACUAAGAUAAGCUUGGGAAGUAUCAUAGUCGAGUUUGAAAUACUCAUGAAGAACCUGACUUAUUCAGAAGAUGCAUCUGUGGUCUACAAUGCAGUGUCCAGGUUCUCUGAAGCCACGUAUAACAUCAGUGGACAGGUGUGCCAGGCCACCAACUUCUCCGUUAAUGACACACAGGUUAACAACCCUUGUGAUGUGUUCAUCGCCUUGAAAUACUGCAGCUCAAACGAGUUUUGUCAGGUUUCCAACAGAAUCCCCACAUGCGUCCAGUGUCCGUGCAAUGCCACCAACACUGCACUGUGUGACCCCGUCACCGGCAACUGCACCUGUAAGGACGGGUGGACAGGUGCUACGUGUGAUGAAGACAUAGAUGAGUGUUUGACAUCUCCCUGCAGUGGUCCCUAUGCCAUAUGCAUGAAUACCUUGGGUACAUAUACCUGUCUUUGUGUGGACGGCUAUUACUUAAAUGCUUCAAACCUUUGUCAAGAAUGUACCAACAACACCUACGGGUCUAACUGCAGUAGCAAGUGUCUGUGUGACCUCGCCAACACUGUGUCAUGUGAUCACGUGACUGGCAACUGUACCUGUGAGACAGGAUGGACAGGUGCAACUUGUGACCUGGAUGUAGACGAGUGUUUAGCUAAUGUAUCAAUCUGUAACGGUCCUCACGAGGUGUGUAACAACACAUUAGGGGGACACGACUGUCUGUGUGUGGACGGCUAUCAGAAGAACGGCAACAACACCUGCACAGCAUGCACCGCGGGAACCUUCGGGAAAGACUGUUCCUCCCUUUGUACCUGCAUCACCCACAACACUGUCAACUGCAGCAACGUUGACGGCGCCUGCACGUGCCAAAGCGGGUGGAAUGGAACGAGAUGCGAGCAAGACAUCGACGAGUGUGCACUCAGUCAACCACCUUCUUGUGUGGCUAACUCUACCUGCUCUAACACCAACGGCAGCUACCUGUGUGUGUGCGACACUGGCUACUUGUCACUGCCAGACGGCAACUGUACAGCCUGCACUGGCAACACAUUCGGUGCUAACUGCAGUGAGCAUUGUGAGUGCAACAUCACCAACACCGUGUCCUGUGACCACGUGACAGGAAGUUGUAACUGUAAGAAAGGAUGGGACGGUGUGACGUGUGACGUACGUGACCUGUGUUCUAAUGUGACGAGCAACUGUACGGGAGACAAGGAGCGAUGUAACAACACUGAGAACGGCCCCGAGUGUGUGUGUGAGGACGGGUAUCACUACAACGCUUCCGGCGUGUGUGUGGUAUGUGCCAACAACACCUAUGGGGCUAACUGCAGUAGCCAGUGUCUGUGUGACGUCACCAACACUGUGUCAUGUGAUCAUGUGACUGGCAACUGUACCUGUGAAGAAGGAUGGGCAGGUGCAACCUGUGACCAGGAUGUAGACGAGUGUUUAGCAAAUGUAUCAAUCUGUAACGGUCCUCACGAGGUGUGUAACAACACAUUAGGGGGACACGACUGUCUGUGUGUGGACGGCUAUCAGAAGAACGACACCGACACCUGCACAGCUUGCACCGAGGGAACCUAUGGGAAAGACUGUUCCUCCAGGUGUACCUGCGUCACCCACAACACUGUCAACUGCAGCAACGUUGACGGCGCCUGCACGUGCCAAAGUGGGUGGAAUGGAAGCAGAUGCGAGCAAGACAUCGACGAGUGUGCACACAGUCAACCACCUUCUUGUGUGGCCAACUCUACCUGCUCUAACACCAACGGCAGCUACCUGUGUGUCUGCGACACUGGCUACUUGUCACUGCCAGACGGCAACUGUACAGCCUGCACUGGGAACACAUUUGGUGCUAACUGCAGUAAGCAGUGUCGGUGUAACUUGACCAACACCGUGUCCUGUGACCACGUGACAGGAGAUUGUGACUGUAAGAAAGGAUGGGACGGUGUUGCGUGUGACGUACGUGAUCUGUGUUCUAAUGUGACGAGCAACUGUACGGGAGACAAGGAGCGAUGUAACAACACUGAGAGCGGCCCCGAGUGUGUGUGUGAGGACGGGUAUCACUACAACGCUUCCGGCGUGUGUGUGGAAUGUUCAACGGGAACUUACGGAGGAAACUGUUCUUCAACUUGCACCUGCAUCACCAACAACACUGUCAACUGCAGUAAGGUUGACGGCGCCUGCACGUGCAGAAGUGGGUGGACAGGAGGCAACUGUAGCGACGACAUCAACGAGUGUACAGCACACAGCUCCUCUCCCUGUGUGGCCAACUCCACCUGUCACAACACCAACGGCAGCUACCUGUGUGUCUGCGACACUGGCUACCACACACAUGCAGACGGCAAUUGCACAGAGUGUGUGAACAACACCUACGGCACUAACUGCAGUACUCAGUGUCACUGUAACGUCACCAACACUGUGUCAUGUCACCAUGUCACUGGCAACUGCACCUGUAAACAAGGAUGGAAUGGGACCACGUGUGAUGAUGACCUGGAUGAAUGUUCAUCAAACACACAUAACUGUACCAGCUCUCAUCAGACGUGUAUCAACACUGUGGGUGGCUUUACCUGUGUGUGCACUGACGGUUAUCACUACAACGCAUCCAUGGUGUGCGAGGCGUGUGCAGCGGAAACGUUCGGGAGAAACUGUUCCUCCUCUUGCACCUGCGUCACCAACAACACUGCCAGCUGCAACAACGUUAACGGCAGCUGCACGUGUAACAGCGGGUGGAAUGGAACGAACUGUGAGCAAGACAUCAACGAAUGUGAACAACAUUCUCCACCUUGUGUCGCCAACCUUACCUGUGUUAACACCAAUGGCAGCUACCUGUGUGUCUGUAACCCUGGCUAUCAGACACUACUAGACGGAAACUGUACAGCCUGCACUGGGAACACAUUUGGUGCUAACUGCAGUAAGCAGUGCCUGUGCAACUUGACCAACACCGUGUCCUGUGACCACGUGACAGGAAAGUGUAACUGUAAGAGAGGAUGGGACGGUGCCACGUGUAACAUAAAAGAUCAGUGUCCUAAUGUGUCGAGCAACUGUACGGGAGACAAGGAGCGAUGUAACAACACUGAGAACGGCCCCGAGUGUGUGUGUGAGGACGGGUAUCACUACAACGCUUCCGGCGUGUGUGUGGAAUGUUCAACGGGAACUUACGGAGGAAACUGUUCUUCACUUUGUACCUGCAUCACCAACAACACUGUCAACUGCAGUAAGGUUGACGGCGCCUGCACGUGCAGAAGUGGGUGGACAGGAGGCAACUGUAGCGACGACAUCAAUGAGUGUACAGCACACAGCUCCUCACCCUGUGUGGCCAACUCCACCUGUUACAACACCAACGGCAGCUACCUGUGUGUCUGCGACACUGGCUACCAAACACAUGCAGACGGCAAUUGCACAGAGUGUGUGAACAACUACUACGGCACUAACUGCAGCAGCCAGUGUCAGUGUGACGUCACCAACACUAUGUCGUGUGAUCACGUGACUGGCAACUGUACCUGUGAGGAAGGAUGGACAGGUGCAAGCUGUGAGCUGGAUGUAGACGAGUGUUUAGCUAAUGUAUCAAUUUGUAACGGUCCUCACGAGGUGUGUAACAACACAUUAGGGGGACACGACUGUCUGUGUGUGGACGGCUAUCAGAAGAACGGCACCAACACCUGCACAGCCUGCACUGGCAACACAUUCGGUGCUAACUGCAGUGAGCAUUGUGAGUGUAACGUCACCAACACCGUGUCCUGUGACCACGUGACAGGAAGCUGUAACUGUAGCAAAGGAUGGGUUAGUGCCACGUGUAACAUAAAAGAUCUGUGUUCGAAUCUCACACUCAACUGUACGGGAGACAAGGAGAGAUGUAACAACACUGAGAACGGCCCCGAGUGUGUGUGUGAGGACGGGUAUCACUACAACGCUUCCGGCGUGUGUGUGGAAUGUUCGUCGGGAACUUACGGAGGAAACUGUUCUUCAACUUGCACCUGUGUCACCAAUAACACUGUCAACUGCAGUAAGGUUGACGGCGCCUGCACGUGCAGAAGUGGGUGGACAGGAGGCAACUGUAGUGACGACAUCAACGAGUGUACAGCACACAGCUCCUCACCCUGUGUGGCCAACUCCACCUGUUACAACACCAACGGCAGCUACCUGUGUGUCUGCGACACUGGCUACCAAACACAUGCAGACGGCAACUGCACAGAGUGUGUGAACAACACCUACGGCACAAACUGCAGCAGUCAGUGUCAGUGUAACGUCACCAACACUGUGUCAUGUCACCAUGUCACUGCCAACUGUACCUGUAAACAAGGAUGGUCAGGAUCCAAGUGUAAUGAUGACCUGGAUGAAUGUUCAUCAAACACACAUAACUGCACCAGCUCUCACCAGAUGUGUAUCAACUCUGCGGGUGGAUUUACCUGUGUGUGCGCUGAUGGCUAUCACUACAAUGCAUCCAUGGUGUGCGACGCGUGUGGGCCGACAGCCUUCGGGCGAAACUGUUCUCUGACUUGCCCCUGCGUCACCAACAACACUGUCAGCUGCAACAACGUUAACGGCAGCUGCACGUGUAACAGCGGGUGGAAUGGAACGAAAUGUGAGCAAGACAUCAACGAGUGUGCACAAAGUCCUCCUCCUUCUUGUGUCGCCAACUCUACCUGUGUUAACACCAAUGGCAGCUACCUGUGUGUCUGCAACACUGGCUAUCAGACACUACUAGACGGAAACUGUACAGAGUGUACCAAUGACACCUACGGCUCUAACUGCAGUACUCAGUGUCAGUGUAACGUCACCAACACUGUGUCAUGUCACCAUGUCACUGGCAACUGUACCUGUAAACAAGGAUGGACAGGACCAACAUGUGAUACAGACAUCGAUGAGUGUGUGACACACAACUGCAGUGGUCAGAAUGAGAUGUGUCACAACACUGCUGGCGGCUACGACUGUGUGUGUGUCACCGGCUAUCAGAGGAGUGCAUCCAGCAUCUGCAUCCCGUGUGCCGCGGGAACAUACGGGAACAAUUGCACUUUACCUUGCACCUGCAUCACCAACAACACUGCCAACUGCAGCAACGUUGACGGCGCGUGCACGUGCAACAUCGGGUGGAGAGGAAAAAGCUGUGAACAAGACAUUGAUGAGUGUAAACAGAGUCCUCCACCUUCUUGUGUCGCCAACUCCACCUGUUCCAACACUAACGGCGGCUACCUGUGUGUCUGCGACACUGGCUUCCAUUCACUUUUAGACGGAAACUGCACAGCCUGCACUGGGAACACAUUUGGUGCUAACUGCAGUCGUCAAUGUCAGUGUAACGUCACCAACACCGUGUCCUGUGACCACGUGACAGGAAGCUGUAACUGUAGCAAAGGAUGGGACGGUGCCAUGUGUAACAUAAAAGAUCUGUGUUCUAAUCACACACUCAACUGUACGGGAGACAAGGAGCGAUGUAACAACACUGAGAACGGCCCCGAGUGUGUGUGUGAGGACGGGUAUCACUACAACGCUUCCGGCGUGUGUGUGGAAUGCUCGUCGGGAACUUACGGAGGAAACUGUUCUUCAACUUGCACCUGCAUCACCAACAACACUGUCAACUGCAGUAAGGUUGACGGCGCCUGCACGUGCAGAAGUGGGUGGACAGGAGGCAACUGUAGCGACGACAUCAACGAGUGUACAGCUCACAGCUCCUCACCCUGUGUGGCCAACUCCACCUGUUACAACACCAACGGCAGCUACCUGUGUGUCUGCGACACUGGCUACCAAACACAUGCAGACGGCAACUGCACAGAGUGUGUGAACAACACCUACGGCUCUAACUGCAGCAGUCAGUGUCAGUGUAACGUCACCAACACUGUGUCAUGUCACCAUGUCACUGGCAACUGUACCUGUAAACAAGGAUGGACAGGAUCUACAUGUGAUGAUGACCUGGAUGAAUGUUCAUCAAACACACAUAACUGUACCAGCUCUCAUCAGACGUGUAGCAACACUGUGGGUGGAUUUACCUGUGUGUGCACUGACGGCUAUCACUACAACGCAUCCAUGGUGUGCGAGGACAUCGAUGAGUGUGUGACACACAACUGUAGUGGUCAGAAUGAGAUGUGUCACAACACUGCUGGCAGCUAUGAGUGUGUGUGUGUGGCCGGCUAUCAGAAGGGGACAUCGAGCAUCUGCAUCCAAAUGACUAAGGUGACCAUUGAGAUGACUUUGAGUGUGGAAGUCGGUGACAAGUUCAGUCAGACAGACUGGAUGACGUGUCGUCACCGGCUUUUAAAAAUUUGUCUAAAGAGAUCACUAGAGAGCUCUGGCGGCUAUUGAAUGAUACCAAUUAUGUUCAAAGCAUCAUCAUCACGUCUAUCCGCCUGGGGAGCGUCACGUUUACUGCUGAGAUAA